CGGAUGUUCCCCGUUUCUCUCAAGGUGCGAGGGCUUGUGCACCUCAACAAGCCUAUCACUCUGUCUCGCGUCCUCAGUAUCGUCGUAUUCAUUUCAUGCCUCCCUCCUGACAAGCAGUAGCGAAGAAUGGUUGGCGUACCGCGCAGCACUGGCUGUCGCGCCUGUCUCCAGCGGCGGGUCAAAUGCGAUCAAACCCGACCAGAAUGUCUACGCUGCCAAAAGCGAAAAAUAACCUGCCCUGGUUACCAGAAGAGAUUCCAAUUCUACCAUAAAACCGCCCCGGCCGUCGUUAAAUCCACCCGCACUUCCGAAUUCGACGACGUACGUCCAUCUAAACCGACGCUGAAAGGAUAUCACCACCAGCAGGCACUCGUGCUCGGCCGGCCUACAAUCGACCAAUCCUUCACACGUAACUUGACGGCGACCGCUCUGGACACACAGCUUAAAGAAGUCUUCUCCGAUGUCGUCUACGCUGUCUUCCCGAACUUGUAUGCCGCAUUCUCUGCCCGUGUCGAUCUCACCUGGGUCGACUUUGUCCGACAUCAUUCCGCUGCGCAAUCAAGCGCCGUUAAUUGGGGUAUUCGUUGUUUGAACACCUGGUUCUUGGCGCGACGACAUCACGACCAUGACCAGCUACAGGCGAGCCGACACAUGUAUAACCGGGCGUUGCGGUGUCUAGCCCAGUCCCUGCGCGAUCCCGUUCGCGUCAAAUCGGAUGACACCCUGGCUGCAGCGAUCGCACUCGGCGUAUACGAAGUACUGGACGGUGUAGGAUCGAAUUCAUGGCUGGUGCAUUCGCGCGGAAUCGGGGCGUUGUUCCGAUUGCGUGGGCCGGAUGCCCAUCGCUCAGGCUUCGGGCGUACCAUGUACACCACAUACCGGGCGUUUCUAGUCGCAGAAGCCUUUACUUGCCAGGAGCCAUGCUUUCUUGAAAGCGAGGAGUGGCGGGCGAUGAAUCGGGAGGCAUUACUAACGGAGGAACGCGACGGGAAGGGCAGCCGACUGGGCGAGAUCACCGAGAAUGCGUUCGAGGAAGUCUUACUCUGUCCGGGGUACCUCGUGCGCACCCGCGAUGUGAUUGCUCGGAACGCGUCCGAGUCAUCGAGGGAGUCCCUCGCCGCGGAGAUUCGUUGCAGCCGAGACCUCUUGCGAGGUUUGCAACGACGGCUGGCUGCGCUAUUGGAGCUUCAGAUGAACAGUCAGACGGUGCAGAAGAGAAAUCCUCUAAACGGUUCUAUCCCGAAACAGUUUGUGCACACCAUUGCGCAUAGAUCGUUGCGGGGUAUGGACUCAGCGUUAGCACUCCUUGACCAGCUUCUCGUGCUGCUUAAUGCUAGCAAAGUCCGGAUGCUGGGUUCUGAUGAGAAUAAUCCCACUCAGAGUCCCUGGAACACGGUCACGUAUCAACCAGCUCCGGAAGGUGCAAUAUCCGUGACCGUCGAGGGCACUAGUGGCACUAGCGAGGUGAAACCCCUCGAUUGGCUUGAUCAGCUUGCAUUGUCCAUGGGGACUCUUGCGCUGAAAACCUGACGAACUCUUAGCUCGUCAUUUGGACCAGGUCGUCGGCUGUGUGCAUGGCCAUGUCGACCAGGAUCAGACUUCUUAUUUGCUCACCCGGUGAAUCAAGCCUGUCAGCAUGGCUCUCCCGUGUUUUCGUUCAACUAAACAUUACUGCACACGUUAUCCCCGCAACUUGGAAUGCGGGACAAAAUCUCGUAUGUGGAACCGAUGCCCCGGAGUGGUUAUUCCAGGUCUCGGUCGCUUUCAACAAGGCAUAAACGUUCCUCUGCCGAAUGGCGUUCAUCGUAACCGAGCGUGAACAUCAAACUUUGCCCCGUAUGUAAAGUUAGUCAAGAUGGAAAUCAGCUAAAUGGGCAUACAGUCAUAUAUGCAGUAGCUCAUCGCACAAACAGACAUCCUUACAUACGGGGCGUUGAAUGGUUUGGACGCACACCCGCAACAUUUCCUUGGCAAUUUCAGCCCAGAGAAAAAUACACGAAUAUCUGGCUCUUCUAUUCUAAUUUUUAUAAUGUGUACCGUUGCAGUCGUCUAUCUCAAUGGAAAAAAAAAAAUAAGAAAUUAAGAAAAAUACUGGUAGGCAAAUAGUGAAAUCGAGAAAGUACCUUGAGGUUGUAGUUCCUUUUUUAGAUCGGUCCUCGGCAACAGACUGGAAGUUAUAUAUUUUGGGAAACUACUACGUCUACCCUCUACUGCAUGUAGAUAAGGAACCCUAUC